AUGAAGUGUCGUUGGACGUUCUUAAAUUUACUUCUCUUAUUAUUAUUCGUGCAAUGUGAACUGUUUUGGAAUUUCCCACGUAAUUCAAGGGAAGUUUUUCAUGCGUAUGUGAAUGAAAAAGCACGUACUAUACAAGUAUUUCCGUCAAUUCAAGUUAAACUAACUAAUGAUUCAAAACUAUGUUCCAUCUCAUUACUAUCAUCUGGCAGAAAUAGUGUUCCUAACUUUAUUCAUGGUAAUGUUUUAAACCAAGAGAAAGGAUAUGGUUAUUUAACUUUCAAUGAAACAUCAUAUCGUCAUGCUAAAAGUUUUGGUAGUUUAGAAGCUAGAACAGGAUUUUAUCAUUUGAAAAUAAUAGCUGAAGACUGUUCUCAUCCAACAAAGUCGACAAAAUCUUGGCCAAUUACAUUUGAACAUAUUCAAUCUGAUUUACCAAUUUGGUCUAAAACAAAAUAUGCAUUUGAAAUAGAUUCAUUACAUAGACCAGGUCAUGAAGUUGGUAAAGUGACAGCAUACACAUCAGCUAUAAAUAUGACAGAAAAUGAUAAUUUUUUAUACGGUGAUGAUACCGGUAUGUGCGCCUAUACAAUACAAGAUCCAAGUUAUUCAUUCGCAAUUGAUGGGCACGGUGUUAUCCGAUCUUUAAUAAGAUUUAAUAAUCAUACAGAUAUGUUAUAUGAAUUCAAUGUAACUGGAUUCGAUUGUCAUCUUCCAAUACCGUACAGUUCUACAGUACCGGUAACAGUUUAUGUAAAAGCAGUAUGUGUAUCACAAUGGAAUGGUAUCCCUAAAGAAAUUGAGUAUUCUGCAUUAUCAAAUCCAUAUCCAUUUGCAUUGAAUGCAAAAUUUUUAAUUUGUCCACAAACAAAUAAUAAUUUUACUCAUCUUAUUAAUACUGAUAAUGAUGAUACAAUGAAUGAUAGCUCUGAUCAUUUAAGUGAAGGAAUCACUGAAUAUGAUUAUUGUCCAAUAGAACAAGUAACAAUACGUAUGAAAAUUUUAUGGAGUAAAGAAGAUAUUAUUAUAAAUGAUGAUCAAACUAUUCAACCAUCUUCAUCAUUAUCGGCGGCGGCAGCAACAACAAUAGCAUCUUCUUCUUCAGAAUGUGAUUUAGAUUAUUAUUCAAUAAUGGCUAAUCGUAAAACAUGCAUCGAUUCUUCUCAAAGUAAAACUAUCGAUCUAUUACCAGAUAUUGAUGAACAACAACAAUUCAAUCAAAAUAAUCAUAUCAAUUUACCAAUUAUUGAAACCAUUCAAGGAUUAAAUGAAUUGCCUAAAAUCAAUAAAAAAGGUUAUCCAUCUGGUAUUUAUUAUUUUAAUGGUUCCAUGCAUUUUGAUUUAAACAAAUUUCAUAAAUUACAACGAUUUGAUAAUCAAUUAUUUACAAUCAAUUUUUGGAUGAAACAUUCACCAAUAUUUAAUAAACAAUAUAAUGAAAAGAAUUUACUGAAUAAUCGGGAGAACAUUUUAUGCAGUUCCGAUGAAUAUGAAAAGAAUCGGCAUCAUUUUGCUGUGUUUCUGCACAAUUGUAAACUGGUUGUAUUGAUACGUCGUGAACCAACCAAUGAAUCCACCCUAUAUUCUGAUUCGUCUCAAUUACUUCCAUCUCAAUGGCGUUUCGAUGUCGACGAAGUAUGCGAUUCGAAUUGGCAUCAUUAUUCGUUGACCUAUCGUCCACCAGAAACGAUACUUGUAAAUGGACAAAAGACACUUGCAUCCAACUCAGAAAGUGAUAUUGAAUUACAAUUAUAUUUGGAUGGAAGAUUAGUACCAAAUAAUCCUGAACUGGUGCAAAUUGCUGAAAAUAUGCCUAUGGUACAUUUAUCUGUUAAAAAUCAUGAAUUUGUUCGUACUUCAGUUGGCGCUUGUUGGCAUGGACGUAGUGCUCAAUUCGCUCAACAUUUUGUCGGUUAUCUUGCUGGUUUAACCUUUACAAAUGGAUAUAUUCAAUCAGAUGAGGAAAUACUUUGUCUGACCAACUGUGAACCACGUCUAAUUAUCAACGAUCCAACAUCAUUCAGUUCAAACACUAAUCGUUUCGAUACAACAAAUAUUCGUAAUUCUCAUUUGAAUAGUAUCAUUAUUCAAGCUAAAAGUUUAAAUGAAUUAUCGAAAAUUCUAAGAAAUGUGACAUUUUACAAUCCAAGAUUACAAUAUAAACCACGAUAUCGACCGGAACCAGUGGCUAUACAAUUAAAUACUUUGUUUGCCUAUGCAACAGAUUGUGAAAUACCCUCAACAUUUAAUCAAGUAAUUCUAAUUAGUCCAUUACCUCCAACUAAACAAACAUUAAUUUUACUUGAUACAUUGAAUUCAAAUAUUCGUACGGAUCGAUACAUUCAUAGGCGGUACCAUAGUCAUAAUCAACCAAAUCACGGUUAUCAGCAAUCGAAUGUUCAUCAAACGACAGAAAAACAACAACAAUUCCAUGAGUAUGAACAGAAACAUGAAAAAGAGAUCCCUGAAAAACUGUCUACCAUUAAGUUACCAGCUUCUACUCAACUAAACCAAUCGAUACGUCAGUCAUUCGAUGAAAUAUCAACAUCAUCAUCAAUCAGUUCACUAGUACUGUUUAAUACAGAACAAUAUGAACAUAUGAACAAGACAUUCACAUCGAGAAACGUCACAUUAAGUAGUUUAUCUACUGGAGUCUAUAUAUUUCCAUACAUAACAAUCAUGUGGAAGACCCCAUUGGAACUGUUGAAUUCACAUAAUACAUGUAAGAAGAAAUAGUAUCAUAUUUGAGAACUUUUUGUAUAAUAGAUUAUUUUUUUCGACGUACUAUGUGCUCAAUAUUUCAACACGAUUAAAUACCCUUUGUUGCUCUUUUUGGGACGAUAGUUAGGAUUAAACAUCAUUGAGAAAAUCAUUUCGAGGAAGAAGGUGUAUCAAGCUAUUAAGCCCCAAACAGGACGAAACUCACUUCUGAGAUGACAUUAUUAAACACUAUCUAAAACAUAUAAUUAACUUGUGAUUGCAGUCAUUGCAUCGAAACAUUCAUUCAAGUUUCCCGUAUAUGAAUAUAUUCUGAUUAGAUUUAAUCAUGACCGUCAACAACGAGAAAUUACAAACUGCUACGAACAAGAACAUCAAAAUGUUGUCACGUUUAUAUUUACCACUCUGUUUAAUCCAUCAAUAACUCCACUACUACUAACGUGUACACAUUUUGAAGUAAUCACUUUGAUAUCUGAUUUUACUAACCACAACUCAGUAAUCAAGCACUGGUUUACGUAUUUAGUGACUUUAAGAGACUGUUUUGUUGUGUAGGACAAUCUAUUCAGUGUGAGGCAACUACCCACCGAAGGCAGUGGAAGAUGGUUAUGCAAUGUUGUGAACUGACUAAAGUUAAGCAGUAACACCGUUAGAUGUCG